GGAAGUAUAAGAGUUUAGUGUUUUGCUGCGUAUUAGGGCUUUACAUGUUCACGUGACGUUUUAUUUUAUUUUUUUUAUUCCGGAAUGAAAUGUCGUUAAGUUCAGACAACUCAUUUGACGAAAUGUCCGGAUAUUUAGCUUUUUGUACCACUCACGGUCAUGCAAAAUCUCCCUCUAAGAGUUCGAGUAGAUCUCACCAGAUCACUAACUGUUAGGAGAAAAGAUCUGGAGUUGGAGUUUCACCCCGUGAUCCAAAGGGCAACGUUGUAUAAGUUCUCUGUGGUUUUGAAGCAUAUGACUGGAACCCUGGAUCUGAUACGCAGUUUCUGUGGACUUAUGGCACAUAAAAAUGAUAGUUCUCAAAUGAGGGCUUGCCUCAGAGACUCUGACCCUGGUUCUGGCCCAGCCAGGGAAAGCAGAGGAGGAUCGAGCCAAGAGAAAAAAGACAGCACGUCUCCGAAACGAAACCAUAGUGAGUCCUCCACCGACUCAAGCCAAAGACCAGCUGCUGAGGCACGUUCAGGAGGUUUGAGAGAUGGGGGAGAGCUGAAGAGAGAACCUGAAUGCCACAUGGAGCUGGAAAACUUGUUUGCAAACAAAAACCACACCGUGCUUAUAGAUACGAAAGAAUUUCGUGCUGGCAAAAUAGUUCCGCAUAAAGAAACAAAUAGUCGCGUUUGGGACGACUACCAUGUGAAAUUACCCCAUUUUCAACGAUCAAGCACCAAGGAGUCUCGCUGGGAAGCCAUAAUCAGAGCACUGCAAAAGCUUAUGAAUGGGCAUGCUUCAGUAGGAGAUGUAGAGGGGUCUAUUAUGGCUUACAAUCAAGGUUACAGGGCGGACUGGAGUUUUGGUUCCCUUUACAACUAUGCUGAGAGGUCAAAGCAGGAAACAGAAUUUUCUCGUGUGAUCGCAAAAAUGGCCGCACUGGCACUGAAGCUUCCUGAGCUUAUCCAACAACCCAUCCCUUUGCUGAAGCAGAACAACAGCCACGCCAUAACCAUGUCCCAGGAGCAGAUCUCAUGCCUGCUGGCCAAUGCAUUCUUCUGCACCUUUCCCCACAGGAACACUAACCAGCCUGGCAGUGAAUACGCCAAUUUCCCAACCAUCAACUUCAGCAGCCUGUUUGCCGAUCCCUCUCCUCGGAAGUUUCAGAAGCUGAGAGCCCUUUUUCACUACUUCAACACUGUAACCAAAGCAGAAACCAAACCAGACGGUCUGGUCACUUUUCAAAGAAUUAGCAUUCCUCCAAAUAAUUGUCCACAAUGGAGCAAAAGCCCACAACAUUUGACCAAACUCCGUGUGUACGCCGAAGGCACCAUCGAGAAGGAGGGUAAAGGCAUGCUGCAGGUGGAUUUCGCCGCCAAAGCCAUCGGUGGAGGAGUGCUCGGGCAUGGAAUGGUGCAAGAAGAGAUUUGCUUCUUGCAGUGCCCCGAGCUAAUCGUGGCCAGGCUCUUCACCGAAAAACUGGCCGACAACGAAUGUCUGAAGAUCACAGGUGCCCAGAUGUACAGCAACACCUGCGGCUACAGUGAUAACUUUGAGUGGCACAGCCCCCAUAAGGACCAAACCCGAAGAGAUAAAUGGAAGCGGCGUUUUUGUCAGAUUGUUGCCAUCGAUGCUUUGAAGUUCACCGAUGCAAGAGAACAGUACACUGAGAAAAACAUAAAACGAGAACUCUUCAAGGCGUUUGUCGGCUUCAAGGGGGAUCAUAACAUUCCUCCUGAUUACACACCUGCUAUCGCGACUGGCAACUGGGGAUGCGGCGCUUUUAAAGGUGAUCCAUUGCUCAAAGCUCUCAUUCAGAUGAUGGCUGCAGCCGAGGCUAGACGAGACUUGGCUUACUUCACCUUUAAUAACACAAGGCAGGCAGAAGAGCUUCAGAGAAUGCAUGAUACACUAACGAGGCGCAAGGUGACUGUAGGCAAGUUAUACAGUCUGCUCCAGGACUACAGUAAGCUGUACACUCAUAAUCGGCAUAAAGGCAAUGUGUUCCAGUACAUCACCGAGACGAUGGGUUCUCAAUCCAGCAAUCUGUGAAAACCUGCAGUUCAUGGAAAGCAAUAGAUUAAACCAAUACUGUCUUUCUCAAUGAAGAAAAUGUAAAUACUUUUUUUUUAGUUCCUGGUUAACACUGAAUUGAAGCAGAAACUUAAACGAAAAUGCUAUGUGGUGUGAUGCACUUUAUUUAAUUACAUAAAAAAAAAAAUUAAUUAGGGUAUAUAGUUUUAAAUAAAGUAAAAGUUAAAUUUAAGUAAAGUUGUGCCAGUGUGGUUUGGAACUUUUUUUUUUACUGCAACACAUAUGCAAGAAGAAAAUCUUCAUGAAACCAAGAUGAUUUUUAAUGGAUGAGGUAUUUCAAGAGUGCAACAUACAAUAUUUAGCAAAUAAAUAAAGUUCCGCUUCAUAAGUUUUGUAGGUGUGUUUGACAGCCUGUUAGACAAUAAAACAAUAUAUAACAUUUUUGCGCUUUAAA